AGACACCUCUCCUUCUACCCACCGUGUCUGGGCCUCUCCUAAACAUAGAAUAGAAGAGCUAAACAUGACAUUUCCAGCUGAAAAAGAAGUUGUUGCCAAAUGAGACGCAUUUGCCAUGAAUACAUCGGAUGCGGUGCCGGAAGUGGCAGCGUACCCAGCUGCAUGGAACACCACAGCCCCGCUGGAGAAACUGCCUCUGGACUCGAACUUCGCAUGGCUUUUGUGUGCUCUGCUCACGGCGACGGCAUGGGUCAUCUACAUCACAUUCUACAAUGCCCGCGUGUUGGGCUUGCUCUUGACAAAAAUCCUCAACCGCUUUGUGGGCAAGGCCUAUCUCAGGAUCGGGUCUGUGUCCCUGUCGGUGCUCUCGGGGAAGCUGAUGUUCCGAGAUUUUGCCUAUGCCACCCCAGAUUACACCGUGCGAGCUCAGGAUGGCUGGCUGGUCUUUCGUUGGUGGAUUCCCUAUGUCAAAAAGGAGUUUCCUCGCACAUGUGCAGAUGCGGAGGCCCGCGUGUUUGUUCUCCUCAAUGGCCUGGAGCUCCACAUCUACAACCGGUCCGAGCUGUACGCCCGCCUGGAGCACCUGUUUGGCCUGGAACCUAGUGUCCUGCCGCCGCCUUGUGAGAUGCCGCCCAAGAAGCCAGAGGAGCCUAGCAGUGCAGUGCAGCAGUGUCACCCCUGGCGGGACCUUGUUCCGGUUGUUAAGCUGGAAGUAUCAACUGGCCGCUUGGUGUUCGGAAACCGCUUGCUCCCGACAACCAUUUCGAUUCGUUUUGAGGAAGGUCAUGCUAUAUACAAGACCAGAGCAGCUGCAUCCAGGAUUGACUUAUUUCAGCACACACUUGACUGCCGACUGGACAGUUUCAAGGUUAUGCUGGCCCCCAGCCCAAAGUACAUUGGUGUACCAGAUGAGCCGCCUCGUUUCAUGGGUGAAGGCUUCGUUGUGCUGCAGUCAAACAGAGUUCACCUGUUCUACUAUCAGGACGAAGCAGGAUUCGUUCCAGCUGAACUGGAAGUGGUCCAGCUGGCCAAUGGUGACCUGGUAGAGCGGCGCAGUGCUCCGACUUGGGGACUGGAUGCCAAGUGUGGCCGUGGCACCAGUUUCAGCUAUGGUCCAUGGGCAGACCGCCAACGGGACAAGCUGAUGCAGUUAUUCUUCCCACAAGACUACCAGCCGCUGAAGCCCACGCCUCAGCCUCAAGUUGGCGAGAGGCGCCGGGCACAGUCAUUUGACCUGCGCCUUAGCACUACAGCUGAUGCGUCAUUGGAUCUACUCUUCUCCAAAGACAAGGAGACCAAUGCAGUGCACAUGACAGUGAAGCAGGGCUCGUACUUGGAGCUCACUCUGCCAUGGCAAGUGACCGAGGAAGGCUACACCACUCGAGUGACGGGCCAGCUGUUUCACCUGGAAGCCUCCACCAGCCUGCCUUUCAGAAAUCUGCUGGAGAGCGAGAUACUGGGCUUUGAUGUCCAGGGCAAGUACCCACUCAUCUGGAAUGGCCACCAGGAUUGGCAGUGCAGCCUAGCUGGCUGUCGUAGCUCUCUCACCUUGCUGCACACACACAAAGGCUUCUUCCAAGCCCUAGUGGAAGAUUGGGCAAGUAAGGCUCGACCUGAUAUUCUUCGCUUUGUGCCUUAUACGUGGCACCUGAACAUCGUGCUUACUGAAUUUGAGCUCAUCACACUGGCCAACGAGUACAACUGGGUUGACUGUGCUCACCAGGAAAAUGCACGAGUGGCCUUCUGUGGUGAGGUGUUUGACCUGUCCUUCGACCUCCCCUUCUUGGAUUUCCUGCCCCCUCAGCUGGGACUCAAGUUUUGGAUUCAGGCAGAAAGCGUGUCCAUGUUGGCUUUUCUACCGGAGGGGGAUCCUCAUCGUGAGCUGCUCCUGCUGCUCGACCGCAGUGCUUUGGUGACGGAUCGAAUGGGAGCCCCUAGAUCAGAGCAGCCACCGGACAAAAAGUGGCACUUUGUCACCCAGCCCAGCAAGGGAUGGGUGGAAGUGGUGUCAGUGCCCAUAGUGGCCCUAAGCCUGCAGUACACCUACCACCCGAUUCCUCCUCUGGACUUUGCACACCCUCUGGAUUUUGAUGUGACCACACCUGAGAAGGAAGAACUGCUGCUCUCGCCCAUCCGGCCUCCCAAGAAGCAUGCCACGUUGGUGGCACCCAACGACUUCGACCCUGGUUUGAUGGCGGCUGAUGUCCUUUCGCUAGAGCUGGAGAUUGGGCCAUCGGUGCUCUCGUUAGAAGGUGGGCUGCUGCACCUGUUAAUGCAGUUGAAGGAAAACUACUUUGGGGCCUAUCAGGACUAUGUGGACAUGGAGUCCGAUGCACCCACACCUACAGGGCUGCCAGAAGAAGAUUUUGAUCCACGCUGCUUCAGGCCUCUUGACGUGCGGGCAACUCUCAUCAUGCAUGACAUGCACGGCCACCUCAUGAAGGGCUGCAGUGAGCAGGAGCCUCCGUGCCCAUCAUUGUACCUGGAACGGCUCCAGCUUGAGAUCAGCAAGAGCCACCGGGAGAGCCAAUUGCAGCUCCUUCUCUCACCCCUUGUGGCCAUCUGCCCUGGGGACAGGCCGGGCCACCUGGCCCUCUCUUCUUUCCAAGUACGUGCACAGGCGUUGUUCUCAGGAGCAGACCGUCCCCUAGGCAGUGACACACUCGAGUAUGCCUGGCUGGUAGAACUUCAAGCAGGAGACCUUACCGGACGGCUCACUGCUCCUCAGGUGUAUGACCUGGUUGCUGGAGCGGAGCUGUUUGUGCAGCAGGCUCAGCACAACAGUGCGGCACUGGUGCCCCCCCAAGGCAUCAUUCAUUGCCAGCAUGACCAGCCUCAGGCCGAGUGCUCCCAUGCCGAACCUGGCUGUCCAUGCCCCGUUUCAGAUGAGCUCAAGUACCGUAUGACCAGGUUCUCCCUAGACUAUGUGGACAUCAGCUUGGAAGAGGCGAGCUCAUCGAUCUGCUUUCAGCUGGGACCACUUAAGCUUACCCAGUGUAACUUGCACUCAGAGCAGGCAAGCACUGGAAUAAGUAUGCAGCUGGGAGCAGUAAAUGUUGCACAAUUCCUGUUAUCUCCUGAUGGGCCUUGGCUGCAGGCUGGCAAGCUGGAGUUUGGGCCCCUGGUGAUGGACAACUGGGCACAGGGACCUCCCAACAGCCAGCAGAGUUUUCUUCGAACUCAUGACAAGACAACGCACCGGCUGUGGUUCCUCUGGGGAGACAGCCGUGCUGGAGGCCACUGUGGCUGUCUCGGUGGUUGCUUCUUCUUUGACUCGGAGGAGGAUGGAUCGCCUGCGGGUGACGCAGGGCAGGGAGAAGAAGAGUCUCGCCAGACUUCAUACCGCCAGCACAGCAGCCCAGCACAUCGUCAGUCUGCUGCUGUUAGCUUUGCCCGCUCUGCUUCUGCAUAUGAUGGGCCUGACAGCCGUUCUCGAGAAGUAGCUGAUGACAUGACCGAUCGUAGGCGUAGCAAUGGCUCGGCUGUGCGGCGUGCCGUGUCCACAGACUCUACCCACUCCUCAGAGGCAUUCUUCUCUGCCGACGAAGACGGCAUGGCUGUGGGGCGCUUACAAGAUGAUGGGGAUCAAGACCGCAGGCGACGCUCAUUUUGUGUGCGAGGCUCAUCUUCGGCCAGCUCCAGUCUCGACCGACGACGCUAUGCCAAGGAGCAGGACGCUGAUGGUGAUUCCAACUCUGUGUCAAGCACAUCUUUUCUCUCAGCUGUCUCAUCACAGGAGGAUGUGACACUUGUGAACCUGCAUCAUCAAAUGGAUCGUCCAAUAGCUGAGUCUCCACUUCUGAUGGCGUGUUAUGCAGCCCAUUUGUCACAGUAUCAGGUGGCCAACUGGGAGGAUGCAGUGGCUCCCCUCCCCCAUUUGGUGGCACGCUCCACCAAUGGGGGGCCACCUUCGGUGGCCUGCUUUCUGCACACCAGCUCCUCCGGCUGGAAACCCCGCUUCACACCCUUGGGCAACCGUGGCGUCUCCGACGUACACAUGGUGCCACGAGCACGAAGAGCGGCCUCUAUGGCGGGGGGAGGCAGCACCACGGCUCGGCCAUGCACCAACAGAAACACUGAGCAACAGCCGCUGCAGCAGUGGUUCCCGCAGCCUCCUCUGCUACAGCGCAGUGCAGUGGUGGUACGGCUGCAGGGGGAUGUGCAUGUGCUGAUGUCGCCACCCAUGCUGGAAGGGCUGCGGGGCCUGGUUGAGGCCCUGGUACCCACCCUGGUCGCCCUUCAUCCAACCACCGUGCUGGGCCGGCUCAUGGCCCGCUGCUGGAGGGUUGUCAAAGGCACCACCACCACUGGCCCACUGGCACAAGGACCAGCUGACGGGUACCACGAGAUACACACCGAACAGGUGCAACUCUGUCUUCAUAUACCUCGUGUGAAUGUCAUGGCACUCCAGUGUUCAGUUGUGGAAGAACUGAUUGCCUUCUCUGCUCUUGACAAUCUCAAGGACUUGGCGUGUGUGUCUGUCCUGGCUCUCUGCUUAGACCAGGUGCAGCUGCAGAUGCUGCAGAGCCAGCAGGCCCAGCGGUGCCUGCAGGUGCUGCCCGAGGAGCAGAGCCCACCACUGGGGAGGCGGCCCGAGAAACCACUGCUGCUGGAGACCAGCCUGCCGGGCCAUCACCAAGGCGUGGCCACCAUCACCCUGGGGGCCGCUCACGCUCAGCUGCGACGCCUGCGCAACUGCAGCUCCUCCUUGCUCAAGGAGGCCACCGUCACUUGCAUAACACCCCAUCACAGCAAGGUGUGCUUCACGUUUGAGUGCCCUGAGUGGGAGAAAGUGCGUGAAGAUGAUAAGAUGGGCUUCAUCAUGACUGAGUGUGGAGUGGAAGGAUCCAGCUUGCGGCUAGUUGGCCAUGGUGGCAGCAGCAGCAGCGGCAGCUCUCACCAGGCAGAGGCCCUGUUCUCCUCCACAGAGGGAGAGCCAUCUUGUGACGCUCUGCUCCUGCUCGAGAUUAAGACAGUCUGGUUCAACUUUGCGGCUCCUCCACGUACCACCAAUGCACAUCGUACGGACUUCACCAGGCUGGACUGGCAUCUGCUUAGCACGAUGACACCAUCUAUAAAUGCCUGGCUCAAGCCAUGUGACCGGCUCUUGGUGGCGGUGCGCAAAGCUCGACAGACAGAACAGCAGCGGCUGUGUGCAGUGCUCGCCUGGCUCAUGACCGAGGCAAUGGAUGCACAGGGAGGACACCUGCCACCUCGGGGAAAACAAUUGUACAGAAGACUCACGCCGCUUGCUCGAGCACUUCAGGAAGAGCCGUCAUGCCAGUUGUUGUCGGCACUUUGUCGUUUCUUGCCGGAGGCACCCAGUGCCGAGCAAUGCCUUGGAGCUCAGUGUGUGCCCCCACUGAGCACGCUGCGACGCGGUCUCUUGGCCCUGAGCCGCCAGUGGAAACACCUGCUCUACAUGCCGCUGCUGGUGGAGCAGAACAGCCGGAUUCGCAAACGCACUCGUCCCGAGCCCCCAGCCCACCUGGUGGGGGUGCCCUUGCGCGAGGAUGAACUCCCGUCCGACGAAACGGCGUGCCUGCUGGCCGACGAUGCUACGGGGGCUGCACAAGUGACCAGGGAGGCUAAAGUGAGCCGACCAGGAGCGUUCCCGCUGCUUGGUGCACCCCUGGACUCCCCAUUGCACUAUGGGGGCAUGCUUUAUCUUGGCAAAACAUUGGAGCAUGGCAUCUCGUGCAUGGUGGCUAACAGUGGCCGUCUGCGUGGCUCGCGUCACAGCCUGGCCACCUGGAGCUUUUCCAGUGUCGAGCCCAUUCUGCGCUCCUCCCUGGAUCCGGCAAAUGACGACGAGGACCUGUACAACUGGAUGGCCCGUCAGAGAGGACCUUCGUCACCUCUCGACUCGCCGUCGAGUCGCAGUGCACCACGCGAGUCGGCCAUGCCCACAGGGGGGAUCCCCGAUGCCCAAACUGUCUUCGAGCCACUCUUGCAGCUGCUGGGAGCCUGUACCGUGGCCUUGCAGACACCAGGGCCACGUCUGGCACUGUCCACCUUGGUUGAGCUUCUGCGUGUCGACCUUGUGGAAUCGGAGAGUUUGGAACAGCCACAGAGAAGACGGUCCAAGCCCGGCCAGCGGCUCUUUGUGGACACGAGCACAGACACGCCUGCACUGGUGUGCGACCGGCUGGCUUUGGAGCUUGAUGUGCGUCACCCGGGAAACCCAGGCACCUGUGCUCACGUGGCAGUAGAUGUGCAGUAUGUGGCGCAGCAAGUGAACAUGCCUUUACUGCGACUGUUGAACCAGUUCUCUAGCAUGUACGAGAAUGUGAAGGAGACCCGCCUAGAACUUCAGUGCCGUCGACCUCGGGCUGACUCGGUCGUCGUGCCCAUGCCACAGCCGCAUCCAGGUGGCAGCCAUGAGUCGGUCGCACCGGUGCAGACGAGCACACCACGCUGCUGGAAAACCAUGUGCUUUUUGCUUGACCUCUACGAGACAAUGCCCCCUUCACAGGCCUUGGCUGACAGGUUCACCAUAUCUGUGGGAGUCGAGCACAAAGUGACGGAUGGGCCAGAAGGCUGCCGAGGCAAUUGCAAAUACGAGCAGUUGCACGAACAUCGUGUUAACAUGGAGACUGGUGAUGCUCAGGCUCAGCACCGUGAAGUGCCUCCUCGACCUGCAGCUGUUGCCGAGCGUGUACCAUUGGCAGUGUUUGCCAUGGGCCAUGUCAAGAGGAUCCGGCUUCUGGCCAUGCUCAGUGGACUGAGACUGGAGGCUGAGCUGUCGGGAUUGCAGGCUAGUGGCACACACAAGGAGACUCUUCGUGAGAGAAGUCACCAGAGUGAGUCGUCUGCCACGGGCCGUCUUGGGCCGGCAAGUGUAGUCUUGCUGGAAGGUCAGCCUCCGAACCACCAGAUGGUGGUGACCAUGGACGUGGGCACUUCGCAAGCCCUGGGCUCCAGCUGCGGCUGGGGACCUACGGCACGCCACGCUGCCCUGUUGUCGGUAGGGGCCGUGCACAUCGACAUACCGCAGCACCCUGUGGUGCUCCACAGCAUGGUCACUCGGUCGAGCAAGCAGCUGUCCACCACUCUACAAGAACUGCGCCGCAGUGCACCGGGUCGCACAGCUCAGCGGCAGCCCACAGAAGAGAUGGCUCUGCAAGGUAGCCCCAUGCCACCAGUGAUGAAUUCACGAAGUGUGCCACCAGUGGUGAGACUAGACCUGUUGCUGGAGGGACUGACCACUGGGGCAUCCCUCUUGCCAUCUCUGCGAGCACACUACCACAUGGGGCCCCUGACUGGCUCUGGCUGCACGGGUUCUCAGGCUCGUUUUACCGUCCACUUGCCUCAGCACUCACUCAGCUUCAACACCAAGGUACCGCCUGCAUGUGAAGCCAACCUGCCAUCGCGUGCCAGUGUGGAGCUGCCACCGGUUCAGGUGGCAGCUGAAUAUCUCCAGGACCCAGGUGGCCCCUCGCAAAGGGAUGCCGAUGGUGUAGUGCUUCGUCGAGGUUCUUACCUCAGUGCCCUGGCCGAGAUUGGCACCUUUGAGCACAGCCUCACCACUGACCUGCUCAACCACCUGGUGCUGGUGCAGAAGGUCUUCAUGAAGGAGGUAAACGAGGUGGUGCAGAAGAUGUCCGGCACGCGGCCCUUGCGCCUCUGGGAGGGCAGCGGCGGUGGUGGCAGCAGCAGCGGCAGCAGUGCUCUAGAUGGAGGCCAGCUGCUGUUCUCAUUGCAGCUGCGACUGCGGGGCAUCCGGCUCACAGCCACCACACCCACCGCUAGUGCGGUGCGCCUUGAGACAGGCACUCUCGACCUGCAGCUCUCCAACAGAGUGCAAAACGCUUCUCGCGCUGUCACGGCCAUGAAGCUGUUUGGCAAAGGACAAGUGGACCUCAGCUUGGCUCUGGGUCAGCUCGUCAAGAAUACACUGUUUGAAGAAGCGGAAUUUCAGCAGUUUGCAUUCUUCAAGACUAGGAUAUGCCUACGUAAUGCCCUUCAAGAUGAAAUGAUCUCCAGCCAGUAUGAUGACAAAGAGGCUGUCCUCAUCACCAUGAAUCGGCCCAUGAUUUACUUUCAACCUAUUGCUCUCGACAAAGCGGUCCUGGUCUGGCUUAACUACAAGAAUGCCUAUGAAUACUGGAAUGAGCAACGAGGAAGCCUAAAUAAAGAGGUGCUGACAGCCACACAGCAAUUGUUUGAGCGGGUGCCUCAGUUUCCGCAGCUGAGCAGCCAAGCGCUGGGCACGCUCUUCCUCCAGUUAACCGUCCAGGACUUGGGCAUUUGCAUGCCUCUUAACAAAGGGACGCUAACGAACAGCCGGCUGUUUGACGCUGAUGCUACUCCAGCAGUUGUGGUGACCCUGGAGAACACACGCAUCUCUGCUUGCUCUUGUGGCUCCCUUGUGAGCAAGGCCCGAUUCACAGGGCUGUGUCUGCGCUUUGCUGAUGAGUUUGAGGUGUCUAUAGAAGAUUGGAAGCCCUGUGAUGCGACCACUACAAACCUGUGUGUGGUGUCCGAGGGCACCUAUGAGAUCUGCUCCCGCACAAUUGCUGCACAGGCCUCCAGCAAUGCCAAGUGGAUCCUGAAUGUCCAGUGGCAAAUGGAGGGUGUGGACAUCCACGUGGAUGUGGGCAUCAGCAAAGCCCUCUCAGCAUUGUUCCGCACACUGACUGCCCUCACAGGAGAGGGAGAUGAAGGUGAAAGCCCCGAAGAACAAGCUUGUGCAGCACAGGAGCCUGUGACCCUCCGCCAUGCCUGCCUGCUGCUUGACCCUAGCGUGGAUGCCAAGAAGCGUUCUCGGCUGAUUGAGAAAGAAAUGAAUGAGCAGGCCAAGAUCAUCAGUGACCUGCGCUUCCUGGGGGCCAGCCAAAGCACUAUCGAGCAGGAGGAGAGGCGGCUCAAGGAACUCGCGACUGCCGUCUUCAAUGACUUCCGUCGAGACGUCAUCAAGAAGCUGCGCAGACAGAGUGUCAAGGCAGCAUCAAUCAAGGACAAGCUUGGUUUGGGCACUGUGUCCCGGUUGCCUGCCGGCACACCCGAAGAAGAGGUCGGUCACGAUGCCCACCAGCAAGAGAGGGGAGUCUCCCCAACCAAGGAUGGCACACACACACGAACUGCGUCCUUUGAUAUGUCCGACUUACCAGCCACCCCAAGACGAACCAUGCCACUAGUUCACAGGGAGCUCUCUCUGGACAGUGUCUUCUCUCAGACAACGGCCAGUGUCACAAACAGUGGUGCACCAACUCCGACCAGUGAGCCCUCGGAGCCUGCCCUCAGUCCUCAGGAUGACAUUUUGCUUCCACCGGCCACUGAGCCGCGUGCAGGCCACACCACGCCUGUGCCCUCAAAGCAGCAGCAAGUGGAGCCAAGCAUAGACUUUGAGCUAGAUAUCAAGGUGUUCUUCAACAGUGGCAAGUGCGUGCUGCACACGAGGGACCAUGAGGAGGAGGCCACCAAAACGACACGCACCAUGCGCAAAGAGCGCAGCUUCUCUGGAGGCCUUCCAGAUGGCGGCUCUCCAACCAGACGUCGCAGUGGUCCUCGCAGCCAUCCAUCAUCCUCUCGUAUGCGCUUCCCUCCCACAGCUUCAGCCGCUCCCAGCCAGGUCAUGACAGACUUCACUGUCUUUCUGGUACCAGGCCUAGAUGUCAAGGUGCACUACAAUUCAUGGACCAUGGGAGGGGAGAGUCCAGUCGACCCGCCUGCUCGGAAAGGAGGCACAAAAAAGGCCACACUAUUUGCUUGGAUAACAUUGCAAAGCAUUCCAGAGGAAACAGUGAUAAGCCCACACAUCCUGGACUUCCUGGAACAAGCACUUGAAGCAAUACCGAUGCAGCAGGCUGCAAAAGCAUCACCUGUGGCAUCAGUUGAGGGAGGAGGCCUGGUGUUGGAAGAGAGCCAGUAUGGCUCCUUUCCGGUGGACGUCAUAGUCUACUUCCGCAUGCAGCCAUCCAUCUUACGCUUCAGCUGCCUGCCCGUGUCACGAGUUGAGUGCCUGUUGCGACUUCCUUCGGUUGAUCUGGCCUUCUCCUCCAAGCGGGCCGAUGAAGGUCCCGUGGGGGGACUGUCGGCCACUGGCUGCCUAGCCGACUUCUCCCUCUACAUCUUCCACCCCUAUGGAGGAGCCAAGAAGAUGGCCGCCACUACAGCUGAUGCCUCUCCACUGGCUGUUACAGAACGCAAAGACUCACUCUCACUGCAAGUGGAGUUCGUCAAGGUUAACAUGAGCCGCAGCCGUCACAUUGGUGUAGACAAUGGUCGAGCUUUGAUCCGUUUCUCGGCACUAUGUGACGUUGGCUCGGCAUCAUUCAAGUAUGACAUGAGACGCCUGACGGAAAUUCUGGCCUUCCCUAAAGCCUGGUAUCGACGCAGCAUUGCUCGUCGCAUGUUCCUGGGAGAUCCAACCACUGCAGGUUCGGCUUUUGGUGACCAAGCUGAGGACUCAGCUGAGACUAGCAGCAGCAGUGGCACUCUGUCCCCGAGCCGGGCCGAUUCAUUCCCCUUUGGAAGUUUGGAACUUGGUUCUCCCGAAGAGGAAGCGGCACCUCCUCAAGAACGACCAGCAGCACCUCCCAGGGGUCAAGCAUGGGAAACACUUCUGCUGUACGCUUUGAACCUGUCUCGUCUUAAUGUUCACAUGAACAUGGGCAAUGUCAUGGGCAAUACCUCGUGGCUGACACAAGGGUUUAGGUCCCAAGGUCGCCUGGCCAUUGAUAGUCGUGGCCACAAGGACCUGAAUCUGGCAGUGGACCUUAAUGGCUCAAGCCUUGAUGCCAAAGGAGGCAUUGUUGGAGGGGCCAUCGAGCUGAGCCGUAUUCACACACACAUGGGCCUGCAGGAGAGCUGGGGUCGGGAGCCCGUGCACACUUUGACCCUGGCACUGUGGGCAGCUGAGAGCCGACUCGACUACAUGGGCAGCAGUGUGCUCAUGGGCCGCGUCUCCCAGCUCACUGUGGAGCUGCGGGAUGAGUGGCGGCUUUGUGAAGGCUGUGAAGCUACCAAGCGUCCGGCCCUGCUGUUUGUCCAUGGCCAGGUGCACUGGGACCAACUGCAGUUGCUCAUCUCCAAGUCGACCACACCCGACCUGGCCAAGAUGGGAGCCAAGCUGGAGGAGUUCUUCUCCCAGCAGUUCCACAGCAGUCGAAGAGUGUUCUCAUCUAUGCGGCUGGCUGGUCCUCGACCACGUCGUGCCGACCGCAUAGGCGGGGGUCCUGACGAGAGUCGCCACACUCACCAGCGCCACUGGCAAGGGGCCCUGGCACUGGUGUCCGGCUUGCAGCUAGGUUGGGGUCUACGCUUGCCCUUGCACGGCACCUUGGUCGGGGGUAGCAUGGACCUGCAAGGUGGCAACGUCUCGCUCGCCUGUUUCCAUGGGGUCAGCUUUCGUUCAAAGGCUUGGGCCUUGUUCAGCCUCCGGCAGCCAAGCAUACACUUUGCCACAGAGGCCCAAGAUGUGCUGGGCCCACAGGCUGCCGUGGACACGCAUGUGGUGCAGCACCUGACCUUCCGGCUUGGCCAUGCGGCUGGAUCAUCAGGCUGUACGGGUAGUAUGGCCACUGUGUGCCGUAUCAGUCGCAAUGUCCUCUUCCCACCGCAGUUCAAGAGUGUUAGCGAGUGGUUCCAGUAUGCAUUUGCCAGCAGUGAACUGGACGACGUGGGGCGCUUCCCAGUGUUUGAAGGAAGGCCCUCACCACCACGCCCACCCGAGGCUGGGCACACCAUGGAGAUGAUCUUUGCCUUCCCGAGCCUCGAGCUGCAUAUGAAGACUGAGCAGCUGCAAGGGGAGCACAGUCCGGGACUUGAUGAUUCCCGACCAGUGGUAGAAUGCAGCUUCGUUACCGAGUUCGAUGACCACAUCUUUGUGGCUGUGGACGCCGAGGCAUUCUUUUUUCUGCACAACCUCAUCGUGUCAUACAUCCGGGAAAAAGACGGAGGUGGGGCAGCCAAAAGCCAGUCGCCGGAAAGCGAGCGCCGAAAGCGAAGUGUCGCAGAGUCGCUGGAGUCUCUGCACCGAGAUUUCCGUGACUACCAGUGUUACACAUGGCACCUGGAGCCAACUGUGCGCCUCCUCUCCUGGGCAGGGAAGGGCAUCGAACCUUACGGCGUGGACUAUAUUUUGCACAAGCUGGGCUUUUCACAUGCCCGUGUCACUAUCCCCAAGUGGCUACAGCGGGGAUGCAUGGACCCCUUGGACCUCUUCCUCUCCCUCAUGCUUGAGCGCAUGCUUAAGGCUGUGCGACACUCAUAAUUUAUUCUUGUUGAUUUUUAGUCUUUUAAUUGUGCAUGUACAGGCAUGUUGGUUAUGUGUGGUGAAAUACAUGAAAUAAACAACACAAUGUUUAAAAAAGUGA